AUGGAGAAGAUAUGCGUAGCAGUUAGGCUGAGGCCAUCAGUAAGCCAAGAAUCCAUUAAUGGAUUUCACUGGAAAGUUGAAAGCAAUCGCAUCUCGCUGCACAGAUCUCACGGGACUCCAAUUUCUGGGCUUUCCUUCGCUUUUGAUCAUGUGUUUGAUCAGGAAUGCAGUAAUGGGAGGAUUUACGAGCUUCUGACGAAGGACAUCAUUAGUGCUGCCGUAGAUGGGUUUAACGGAACUGCAUUUGCAUAUGGGCAGACGAGCAGUGGGAAAACUUUUACCAUGAAUGGUUCAGAAAAUGACCCAGGAAUCAUCCAAAGAGCUGUUAAGGACAUUUUUGCAAAAAUGCAGAAGACAUCUGACAGGGAGUUUUUGGUUCGAGUUUCCUACAUGGAAAUUUACAAUGAAGACAUUAAUGAUCUUUUUUCCGUGGAGAAUCAAAAACUUCAAAUUCAUGAAAGCCUGGAGCGAGGAGUAUUUGUGGCUGGUCUGAGGGAGGAAAUCGUGAACAGUGCUGACCAAGUGCUUAAUCUCAUCCAACUAGGAGAAGCUAAGAGGCAUUUUGGUGAUACCAACAUGAAUGCGCGCAGUAGUAGAUCGCACACUAUAUUUAGGAUGGUAAUUGAAAGCAAAGGAAAGGACAACAAGUGUAGAGAUGGUUCGAGUUCAGAUGAUGCUAUCCGUGUCUCUGUCCUGAAUUUAGUCGAUUUAGCUGGAUCCGAAAGAGUAGCUAAAACUGGAGCAGGAGGAGUACGUUUGAAGGAAGGCAAACAUAUUAACAAGAGCUUAAUGAUUCUUGGGAAUGUGAUCAACAAAUUGAGCGAGGGUGGAAAGCAAAGGGGUCACAUUCCAUAUCGUGAUAGUAAGCUCACUCGCAUUCUUCAGCCUGCCCUUGGGGGAAAUGCAAAGACUUCAAUUAUUUGCACUUUGGCACCGGAAGAGAUUCACAUAGAGGAAACAAAAGGGACACUUCAGUUUGCUAGCAGAGCUAAGCGGAUUACAAACUGCGUUCAAGUGAAUGAGAUACUGACAGAUGCUGCUUUAUUGAAGCGACAAAAACUAGAAAUUGAGGAAUUGCGGAGAAAACUUCAGGGGUCUCAUGCAGAAAUAUUGGAGCAACAAAUCUUGAAACUUAGGAAUGACAUGCUCAAGUAUGAAUUGGAGCGGGAGAAGCUUGCUGCACAAUUAGAAGAAGAGAGGAGAUCACACAAAGUACGUGAUGAUUGCAUUAAGGAGCAACAAAUGAAAAUUGACAAUCUUAGCAAUCUGGUCACUUUGUCAGACUCAGAUCGAAGCUCUUUCAAUGAUGGUGUCGAAGAACGGCGCUUAGAUGGAAGUAUCAAUAGUAACAGCAUACGACCAGAAGAUGCUUUUAGUACCCCAUGUUUUAAAGCACCUCCCAAUGUAUUUGUUGCUAAGAGGUCAGACUACUCGAGGCUACCAGAGUGUAGCCCACUUCCUGAUACAUUUGAUGAUUUUGCUGAUGAAGAUACAUGGAUGAAGCUGAACAAAGGCUUUGUAACCGACCUUGACUCACUUCAUAUGACUCCUGCAAGGAAAGUUCAAUCAUUUCCGAUUAGUGAGGACUGCACGGAGAAUUACACUCAAGAGAAGCAAAGCCUUCAGAGACAGCUGAAACUUAUCAUGGAGGAAAGAGAUGAACUAAAGAGAAAAUAUACCGAAGAGGUGUCGUUCAAUAGCCAAUUGACCAGAGAGAUUUCGGAACUCCAGAAAGAGAGAUUGUUGAUUCGGCAAAUUCCUGAAAAUUUGCAUGAGGCUGUAACAAGUUGUAAAGAAAUUUACAAGGAUGUUUUUUCUAUAUUAGAGAACUUUGUGGCAGAUGAGAAAUCUGAAACUGGGCGCGUUCUCUCUACUACAAGUGAAGUUGGAAACUCCUUGUUCUCAACUUUAGAGUCUCAUCUAGCUAUGGCUAUGGAUGACAAGAGACUUUCCCUCUUGAAUGUCCAUGCCGUACGAGAACAAUGCAACAUACUCCAUCAGAAGUUGAGUGUUGCAGUUUCUUCCUUAGUAUUAUCAAACCAAUCAACCUUAGCCGAUGAAGACAAGAAUGUUUCUGUUUGCGGCAGCAAAAUUAAGGGCACUUUGGGAGGACGGAUUGCUUGUUGGAAACAGGCAUUGGAAAAUGACAUGAACACGAUAAGUCAGAGGUGUUCUGACUUGGAGAAAGAGUUGGAAUUUACUAAUCAGCUUCUUAAAGUUUCUGAAGGAAAAUACCGUAGCUUGGAGACUGAAUUCCGUCUUCUACAAGAAGAUCGAGAUGCGGUGCUCGAUAAGAUCUCUAAUUCGUCUGUAAUGCUCGAACAAAUUACUAGCCAGAAGGAUAAAGCUUUGAAGGAUCUGAAUAUUGAGUUGCAGAGGAAGAAAAAACUUGAAGAAGAGAUCAAACAGUUUAGCUAUGCUUUCGCAUGCCGGCAGAGGUCAAUAGUGUCCUUCCACAGUGAGUUCAAAACCAUUCUUGAUGUCACCAAGGCUCACAAUCCAACUCUACUGUAA